AUGGCUUCGUUCACUCAACCCGAAGACGACUCAGUUCCGACCACCGGGUCAACUCGCCCAUUCGACGACGAUGGUUACCUAGGCUACGAUCCCCGUCUCCCCUCCGUGCGAUUCGACUCCUUCGUCGCCACUAACUUUGCCGACUCGGAGUCGGUCAAGGAUUCGGCCACUGACUCGCCGCUCUUCCACGGCUCCGCCGUAGAUGACGCGUACGCCGCUCAGCAGGCGACGGAGGGCCUUUCUCCUCCGUCGAUCUACCCUGAAUCGAACGGCCAGGGCUUCGAUGGAGGGUUCGGCGAAUCCAACGAUCCGAUUUUGCCGCCUCCGUCGGAUAUGCUGCCUGAGGAAGGCUUUGCUCUCAGAGAGUGGAGGAGACAGAAUGCAAUUGAGCUGGAGGAGAAGGAGAAGAGGGAAAAGGAGUUGUUAAUCCAAAUAAUUGAGGAAGCAGAUGAAUUCAAGAUUGACUUCUACCAGAAGAGGAAGAUCACUUGUGAGAAUAACAAAGCUGCUAACAGGGAAAGGGAGAAGCUGUUCCUGGCCAGUCAAGAGAAGUUCCAUGCUGAGGUAGACAAGAACUACUGGAAGGCAGUUGCAGAUCUCAUUCCCAAUGAGGUGCCAGCUAUAGAGAAGAAGAGAGGGAAGAAGGAUCAGGAAAAGAAACCUUCCAUUAUCGUAGUACAAGGUCCAAAGCCUGGAAAGCCAACUGAACUUUCAAGGAUGAGGCAGAUACUUAUAAAAUUGAAGCAUAAUACGCCUCCCCACCUUAAGCCUACACCCCCAGCACCAGCCCCUGCUAAUGAUGCUAAACCCAGUAGUUCUUCUGCUCCACCCAAGGCUGCUGCUGUGGUAGCUGCCUCUGAGGCUGUAGUUGCUGCUGCAUAA